UUACACCGGCUCAAAAAGGAAGUUGUUUCUCAUUUCCGUACAUGCGUAAUUCAGCCAAGUAUUCGGAAGCGCCCGGAUGUUUCUGCAGCAACUGGAGUAACUUUUCAGCAUCUGAUUUACGUUGUUAAAAUGGGGAAUGAAAACUCUCUUCCUAUGGAACUAUGUUCCAAUUUUGAUGCUGAUGAAAUUAAAAGACUUGGAAAGAGAUUCCGAAAGUUGGAUUUAGAUAAUUCCGGAGCUUUAAGUGUUGAAGAAUUUAUGUCACUUCCAGAAUUACAACAGAAUCCACUUGUUCAAAGAGUUAUAGACAUUUUUGAUACAGAUGGUAACGGAGAAGUAGAUUUUAAAGAAUUCAUUGAAGGUGUGUCACAAUUUAGUGUAAAGGGAGAUAAGGAAAGCAAGCUGCGUUUUGCAUUUAAGAUAUAUGAUAUGGAUAAAGAUGGGUAUAUAUCAAAUGGUGAGCUGUACCAAGUAUUAAAGAUGAUGGUGGGCAGUAACUUGAAGGAUCAUCAACUCCAGCAGAUAGUCGACAAAACAAUAAUACAUGCGGAUAGUGAUGGUGAUGGAAAAAUCUCUUUUGAAGAAUUUUGUGCUGUUGUAGGAGGAAUGGACGUCCAUAAAAAGAUGGUUGUUGAAAUAUAGAGACAAAGACAUUAGCAAAUUCCAUUUUAGGCAUUUUAUAUACUUUGUUCUUUCAAUUUUACAAGUAGAAAGUAAUAUGUGGCCGUGCAAAUCAUGGUCGCUGAGGUACAGAGGUAUUAGACAAUAAAAAAUUCCAUUUUAUUCAUUUACAUACAUUACAUCAAGUUUGUGUUUCCAUGACAACUCUGUAACAAGCAGCCAGUCAAGCUUUAUUUUGGAAGACUGAUGAACUUCCAUUGGAACUAUUUACUUUGUCACAGUCUGAAAUUGUGAGACACGGAGAAAGUUUGGAACAAGUGGUAGAGAAAAUGUAACAGCUGUUUUUCAGGAAAUUUUCGGAAGAGAACUAGAGUGGACAAUAUAUCUGUUGCAGACAGGAAGAUUUAAGGAAUGUUAACAGAAUGGGUUUCUAAUUCUUGAUGAAGAGUCUUUUAUCUGGCAUCAUGAAAUUUAUUGCAUUCUUACAGUAGAAUUGUUUUUAAAAUAUCUAAUAGUAACCCUGAUUGUAACUGCUUUAGGAAAAUAACUUUCAUUGUAAAUACUUGAGACUAGGAAAGAUAUUUCUCUUCUUAUGAUUUGGAAUAAUGGAUUUACAAGUUUUAAGUAUGGUAAAAAGUAUGCUAUCUACUCUUUCUGAAGAACAACAUAUUAAGAGUUUCACAGUAUUGUAAUAUUCAACAGUUUAAGUUUUUUCAUGACAGGUCAUGUAAAUUACAGGAAAUUUGUGAAGAUCAGUUAAAAAUAGAAUUGAUGUAUGUCUACACCGCUUCCAGUGUUAUUUAAGAUAUAAAUGGUAAAUGGAGUUUUUCUCUUUACUAGUCUGUAGAAUUGUACAUACAGUGGAAACAAAAUAAUACUGCAGAAAUUAGAUCCAACCAAAUUAUUUAUUUAGAAUAUCUCUAAUUCAACAACUGCGAUAUUUGGAUAAAAAAAUGUCAAUAAAAUGCAGGAUGGCUAUGAUUCCUUUGAAAGUCGUGAAUGUUUUAUCUCCUAUGCUCAAAUUUUAUAAAUCGCAAGUGUUAUCAAGAGUAUAAUUUGCUACAAGAAGAGGAAUUCAUGUCCUGUGUUUCACUCUAGAUAUAUAUUUUGACAAUGCAAGUACAAACAAAGGAUAUUGGGGGUUAGUAGCAAAAAAAAUAAGAAACUACAUUUUCAACCUAUGUUUUUUUAGCUCACCUGUCACAAAGUGACAAGGUGAGCUUUUGUGAUCGCGCAGCGUCCGUCGUCCGUCCGUCCGUCCGUCCGUGCGUCCGUGCGUAAACUUUUGCUUGUGACCACUCUAGAGGUCACAUUUUUCAUGGGGUCUUUAUGAAAAUUGGUCAGAAUGCUUAUCUUGAUGAUAUCUAGGUCAAGUUCGAAACUGGGUCACAUGCGGUCCAAAACUAGGUCAGUAUUUCUAAAAAUAGAAAAACCUUGUGACCUCUCUAGAGGCCAUAUUUUUCACAAGAUCUUCAUGAAAAUUGGUCAGAAUGUUCACCUUGUUGAUAUCUAGGUCAAGUUUGAAACUGGGUCACGUGGGUUCAAAAACUAGGUCAGUAGGUCAAAUAAUAGAAAAACCUUGUGACCUCUCUAGAGGCCAUAUUUUUCAUGAGAUCUUCAUGAAUAUUGGUCAGAAUGUUCACCUUGAUGAUAUCUAGGUCAAAUUCGAAACUGGGUCACAUGGGGUCAAAAACUAGGUCAGUAGGUCUAAAAAUAGAAAAACCUUGUGACCUCUCUAGAGGCCAUAUUUCUCAAUGGAUCUUCAUGAAAGUUGGUCAGAAUGUUCACCUUGAUGAUAUCUAGGUCAAGUUCGAAACUGGGUCACGUGGGGUUAAAAACUAGGUCAGUAGUUCUAAAAAUAGAAAAACCUUGUGACCUCUCUAGAGGCCAUACUUUUGAAUGGAUCUUCAUGAAAAUUGGUCAGAAUGUUCACCUUGAUGAUAUCUAGGUCAAGUUCGAAACUGGGUCACGUGGGGUCAAAAACUAGGUCAGUAGGUCUAAAAAUAGAAAAACCUUGUGACCUCUCUAGAGGCCAUAUUUCUCAAUGGAUCUUCAUGAAAAUUGGUCAGAAUGUAUACCUUGAUGAUAUCUAGGUCAAGUUCGAAACUGGGUCACGUGUGGUCAAAAACUAGGUCAGUAGGUCUAAAAAUAGAAAAACCUUGUGACCUCUCUAGAGGCCAUAUAAUUCAAUGGAGCUUCAUGAAAAUUGGUCAGAAUGUUUACCUUGAUGAUAUCUAGGUCAGAUUCGAAACUGGGUCAAGUGCGGUCAAAAACUAGGUCAUUAGGUCUAAAAAUAGAAAAACCUUGUGACCUCUCUAGAGGCCAUAUUUUUCAUGAGAUCUUCAUGAAUAUUGGUCAGAAUGUUCGCCUUGAUGAUAUCUAGGUCAAGUUCGAAACUGGGUCACGUGGGAUCAAAAACUAGGUCAGUAGGUCGAAAAAUAGAAAAACCUUGUGACCUCUCUAGAGGCCAUAUUUUUCAUGAGAUCUUCAUGACAAUUGGUGAGAAUGUUCCCCUUGAUGAUAUCUAGGUCAUGUUUAAAAGUGGGUCACGUGCCUUCAAAAACUAGGUCACUAGGUCAAAUAAUAGAAAAACCUUGUGACCUCUCUAGAGGCCAUAUUUUUCAAUGGAUCUUCAUGAAAAUUGGUCAGAAUUUUUUAUCUUGAUGAUAUCUAGGUCACAUGUGCUCAAAAACUAGGUCACUGUGUCAAAUAAUAGAAGUAACAAUGUCAUACUCAGUUCAACACUGGGUCAUGUGGGGAUAGGUGAGCGAUUCAGGACCAUCAUGGUCCUCUUGUCUUAUUGUUUAAUUCAUACAGAAAGCAAUGAUUUGAUACUGAAUUUGAUAAAGAAAUCAUAACAAAAAUUGAUUCGCUUAUGCUUUAUAAGUGAUGAGUGUUAAGUGAUAUGGAAUUGACCAAUGAAAAACAAGAUUUUUAAGAUAGUCUAAAUGUUUCAUUUCUUUCAGCCAGAUAUUUCACUAAUGAUUUUUGUUAUCAUUUAAAUAAAAAAAAAUUAUUACUGUUAUGAUGUUGCACCAUAUUCCAUAUUUUUUAUUUCUAAGAUUGUAAAGGUUUGUAAAUAUUGUACUUUUUUCGUAGAGAAUUUAAAGCUAGCAUUUUUAAUAAAUCACCUAUUUAUCUCCCAUUUCCUUUUUGUGUUAAGAUCAAUUAGCAUGUAGCAUUUCAAUGGUGUAUCAGUUAUUUUAAUAUAUUUAUGCAUUAUGUAUAUCAGAAAUAAGUUUAUGAAUUUCAGGGCGUAUAUUGGAGAUUUAUAUACAUUGUUCAUCUCAAUGUCCACCGAUAUGCGGCUUCAAGCUGCAUGUAUAACUAAUUCAAAAUGCAGAUUUAAUGAUUUCAUUACUGGAAUAGUAUUUGGAAUAUUCACAAAAAAUGAAAACGUUUCAUAAUGAUUUUAUGGCAGACAGUCGCAAAGAAAAAUUGCAGACUGUUUUAUUUACGUUGGCUAAUGAUAAUUUUAUCACCUAUUUCGUAGAAAGCUUCUUAAUGGAUGGUACUGUAGGAGUUUUAAAAAGGUAUCCCUCCCAUUUGAUGCAGCGUAAAAAAAUUUCUUUUUUUUUUGGACUGUUUUUCUUAAUGCCUAAUAGCACAAACUUAUGUGAGAGUACUAUUUAAAUGCUUGACUCAUUAUGUUGUUGUUUUAUGCAAAUACAUACAACACAAAUAAGAAAAGUAUCUCCUGAAAAGUAGAAGUAGAUUAGUUUGUGUAUAUAGGCUAUAUAAGAUUGAUUAUUAAUGUUUUAAAAUACAUAGGAAAGGAAAUUCAGUAAUUGUAACUUAUAAAUAUUUGCCAAAGAUAUAGAUACUGCAGUUUUGCUUAGGUUUAAGCAAAUGAAGACACUAAGAUCUGUCACUAUUUUACAGCAGCACACUUUUAAAUUGUCUCUUAACCCUAACCCUGCUAUAUUUCUAUAAUGAACUUGGCCAUCUUUCAGUUUGGACAGUACCAUUAACUAUUAAAAGGGGUGCUUACCAAAAAAUACUGACUGAAUAACGAACAGUGCAGAUCAUGAUCAGACUGCAUGGAUGUGCAGGCUGAACAUGAAUUACACUAGUCGCAAAGGCAGAAUCAGUCGUGUCCAGCAUGGUAAGGGUUAACUCCAGCAAAGUUAAAAAUAUUUUCAGAUUAAAGUGAGAUUAUCUGGUCGCAUUGCAGCACUGUUUUAUGAUUAUAUGUAACCAGAGUUACAUCAGUCAUCUUUAUAAUGUAUAACAUUUUCUUUAUUUCUCUGUUUCAUUUUCUCCAUGAGUUUUCAUUAUGUAUGUAUUUCAUUCUCUAAACUUCAUGAUGUGACAUUUUCAUAAGGAAUCUCAUUUGAGAGAAACAUCUAGGAGACACAUGCAUAUUUUAUUUGAACAUCUAAUUAAGGCCAAUUAGCAACAGAACAUUUGAAAUGACUUAAGCAUUCAGUCUUUGACCAUUGGUUGAAAUGACCAUAGAUAAAGAAAUUGAAAAGCUAGAUGGCAUGAACUUUAUUUACUUUGUAAAAUAAUAUGUAUUGUAUCCAUGACAUUGGUAAAUUGUGUAUGUUAUAAUCACAGUAUUGAUCAGUGCGAUCAGCUGAUCUCAGAAUUGUACAUGUGUGUGUUCUAUAUGUUUCUUUAAUAUUCAGACCAAAGUGUAGAAACUUUUGCAUGAAUUAACUCCUAAAUAUUAGAGUAUAAUAAAAUCAGUAUGAAAUAGACACUGGAGAUACUUAGUAUAUCCUUCCAAAUAUUUAGGUUUUUAUCUCGGAUCUUUCCUUGUAAAGGUGAUAAAUUUAUGAGCCAAAAGUAGAACACUAGCAGAUCACAGGUAAAUGUACAACUUUUGUUGACUUGUGUUAGACUACUUACCAUCUUACAGUUUUGCAUCCUGAUUUUUUUUAGUUACUUAAAAUAGCGUUUCAAUUGAAAUUUGCUAUAGAACGGUACAAAACUUGAAGAGUUGUCAAUGAUAGUAGUCUUGUUUGUUACAGUAGAUCAGUAACUUAUAUUUCCUCUAACUGUUUGAACAUACCACAGUGGAGUACAUCAAGCAUAUCUUCAAUAUCAGUUGUAUUUUUUAUGUGCUGAUUUUUGUAUUGAUAUAUGAUAGGAUUCAAAUGUUGAUUUAACUGUACUGGAUUGUUAUGAUUUAUAGUCUUAUUUAUUUACCCAAUUUGAUGUUAUAUUGUAGAGUUAUGUCUAUGUUUUUUAAAUGGGGGAAAUGCUUUAAUUUGUGUUCUAUAUAUUUUUCUUCCUGUUUUGUGGGUGUUAAAGUUAUGUUGUUUGUUAUUGUACAUGACAUAUAUUUAUAAGAAUUGUGGAAAACAUGAAAAAGAGUGCACAUGCUCUAUAAAUUGGAUUCUGUUACAGUGUGAAAAACAUGUUUCACCCGUCUGCUCUUCAUUGCUUAAAAUAAUAUUUAGUAUAAUGUAUUUACUGAAGUCUGAAGUACAGCACAGUCAAACCUUGUAGGGUGUUAGUUUGGUAAAUGUUGACAUACACUGACCUCGGUGGUCAAGGGCUCAGACACUUCAGGUGUAGCACACCAAAACCCUAGAACCCUUUGCCUAGGCUGGGUACAGGAUAGUGGCUUGAGCCAGCCAGUAAAACUGAUGUUUAAAACUCAAUCUUCCUUUGGAAUAAAUACACACGACUUAGUAUGCAUUGUAUUUUCAUCAUUAUGAGCAUAAUUGAAAUAUUUCAGACCCUCUCUUCGAGGGUUUAUCCAGAAGUAAUGUCACAGUGUCCAUUUUGCAUUUAUUCAUAGUUAUUAUAGAAAUUAUAGCAAAGUUAUGUAAGCUAAUUUAAUUAUAACAUGAGUAAAUAUUAUUUUCUAGAGUUUCGUUUUAAGUGCAAAGAGCUUCAAAGGUCACUACUGACAACAUUUUGCCACACACAAAAUUAGCGUUUCUACAAUAAACAGAAUAAACUACCAAACAAAAAGGGUCACCAGCUAACAUUAAAAUCAUGUGAAGUUAUGUCUUCAAGCAGACAACAUGAAAACUGUAGUAGCAUCAUCUUUAUUUAAAGUUUGCCAUCUAGUGCUUGCGACUAGUGACAAAAAUAUGAUUUUUUGAUGUCGGUGAUAUGUAGCCAUCAUUUUUAACAUGCUGUCUUAUAUUUGAUAUCUCGAUAAGUAAGCAAAACAUUUUUAUAUUUUCAGAAAAUGUUGCAAAUAGAUCAGUGUAGAAUGGGUACAAAUUUUUAGUGUUUUCUUGUCAUGAUGCAAAUUUUUAUGACUAAUGACAUUAUAUCUGGAUCAACCCUCCUUAUUGCAGCACAUUAUAUGGUACAAUAUGUAUAAAGACCCUGUCUCUGGCUUAGUAGUUAAGGUUGCUUACUUCAGAUCACUUUACUUUCACCGAAGUGGGUCCGAGCCUCACUCGAGGCAUUGAAUUCUUCAUGUGAGGAUGCUGGCUUACGGAAGGUCGGUGGUUCAACCCAGGUGCCCAACCUUGAUGACAUAAUGCACGGAGGGGCAACUGGGCAACUUUCUCCACUAUCAAAGCUGGAAAGUUGCCAUAUGACCUAAAUUGUGUCAUUGCAAUGUUAAACCCAACAAAACAAACAAAGACAACUGAUUACUGGACGAGGGGUACAGUACGGAUAGGUUUGGCUUUAUUGCCGAACAAUUUUAAAUCGAAAGUAAAGGCUUUUAAUCAAAAACAUGUAAUUAAGCUUAAAAACUUUCAUGCAAUUGAAAGAGAAUGUAUUUGAUUUUAGGUCCUAGAAAAUACGUUCAUUCUAGCAGUCAUGCUUUUCAGUAAUAAAGAAGGCAAUAUUCUGUGUUUAUUUCAUGAACAAGAUCCAUUUCUUAUUCUACCUCAUAUAAAUGUGGAAAAGCAAUGAACAAAAUUUUCUCAUUUUCUUGCAUAUUUUCAUGUAGAUCUGGUAGUAAUUGACCCUUCUGACAUGGCAUUCCUGAAUCUAUCAAAUUCUGACAUCUGCUAAACAGAGUUUGCUUUAACAUGUUUAUCUCUGAUUUGUCCUAACAGGUAUAACUCUAUACAUGCUGGUAUGUAGUCAGUGUUUUUCAGUGCUAUUGAAUAAUAUGAAGGAAAUUUUGGCUUACUUUUAUUAGAUUGGCUGGAGUUUUGUUUCUGUCUGUCUUCAGUAUUUUAUAUGCAUAUUUUUGUAAAAUAUUAACAUCACAAAAAGAAACUAUUCUGUUAAUAUUGAAGGUUUAAAGCAGUUCUACCAUUUUGUACAAAACAAAAAAGAAAAGUAAAAUUUUUCUUAUCUGUUACUUGUAUGGUGAUAUGUUAUCCAGUAGAUUUUAGGAUAUUUUCAGAUUUAAGUUUCUACUCGGCAAGGCUUUUAUUCUGUAUUAAGUUAAUGACAUACUUUUGUCAGCUUUGAAAAAAAUAAGUAAUCUUACAUAUUCAUCAAUUCUAAAUGCUGAAGAGCACAAAGUUUCAUAUCAAAUGAGCCGUGCCAUGGGAAAACCAACAUAGUGGGUAUGCGACCAGCAUGGAUCCAGACCAGCCUGCGCAUCCGCGCAGACUGGUCAGGCUCCAUGCUGUUUGCUUUUAAAGCCUAUUGAGAUUGGAGAAACUGUUAGCGAACAGCAUGGAUCCUGACCAGACUGCGCGGAUGCGCAGGCUGGUUUGGAUCCAUGCUGGUCGCAAAGCCACUAUGUUGGUUUUCCCAUGGCAUGGCUCAAAUUAUGUUCAUUCCAUCAUAGAUUUUAUAAAAAAAGUAAAACUUUCUUUUUGUUGUUAUGUGAUAGAACAAGCUUAAUUGUGUUUGUCCAGUAAAUGUUAUCUUUUUAUAAUGUGUCAUUUUAUCUAGAUUUCCUCUUUUUAUAAGUAGAAUUUAGAAAAAGGUAGCUUCUCAUUAGUUAAACAAAAACAUGAAAAUUAAGUCUUAAGAUAAAUAUAUUUUAUAAAUGUACUUACGUCCCUUUAUGGUGUAUUUUAAGUAAAAAUGAUUACAUAGCAUUUUAGAAAUGAUAAUUGAUAUUCUCUAAUUCAAAAUACUGUACUAAGAAGAAAUACGUUAUUGAGAGUGGUAUACAAUUUUGUUUCAAAAAAUUAAUACAAAGUGAAGUAAAGUUUGAAAAUGAAUUUUCCUUGAAUUUAAGAAUAUUGUAUCAAUUAGUUUCAGUUUCUAGCUAAAUGUUUAAUACAUGAUAACGUACAUUUUCAUUUAGUUGUUAUAAAAAGGCUUCAGUGAAUUUGUUGUUUUGACUGUUGAUGAAAACUGUAUUUCCAACAUCAAGUUAUUUUCUAUACCAUUUAUUUGGAAUUGUAAUACAUUUUUAGGAAAAUAGUUAAUACACAGGGAGAAAAUAGAGUAUAAUGAUCUUACAUGCCUCUCUGUGUAGGACAUGGUUUACCAUACAUAAGGGACACCAGGGAUUGAGAAACUGAGAGUUGUCAAGGUUUCUUACCCAGGUUAUACCGAGAGUAUGGAAGACAUUUGUCUGACAUGAUUAGACAUGUAAGAUCAUUUUUCAUUUCGGCUAAUACAACAUUUUCAAAGAUCUAUAAAUUAUAAAAUCUUGAUUGUUAUAUGAUGUCAUAAUUAUGAUGUCACAAUUGCCUUCCCUAAGGAAAAUAUAAGGUUUUCUACCAUAAAGAUAACCUUGUCUUUCCUUUCUGGGUAGGCAAAGAGAGUUCUUGAACAAAUAAAGGCAUAAUACACAAGAGACACAAAACAAAAACAAUUUUUAAGUACUUUGGAUUUUUAGUAAAUAUUUGUUAGUAUUCCUGUUUGAAAGUACACACUGUAAAUAACAUUUUGUGUUAAAAGUGACAUUACAUAAUUUAUUCUCAUACAAAUUGCACCUCUCUAUUUGAAGAUUAUUCUUUUUUCCAGUUGUGAAUAUUGAUAUUGUACCCAACUUACUUUUCAUCUUUGUAAAUUAUGCCCAAGUUAUCUCCUUUGUUUUCCCUAUAUAUUAAAUCUUUUUAAAUAAUUA